CCGUCCGGAGCCUGAGCUGGGUCGCUGCGUCUCACAUCGUUUGAAGGCGAGCCUAACCGCGCCGUGUUCCAAGAUGAUCCGGCUGCUGAUUUUGGGAGCGGUACUGGCGGCGCCGUCUGCGAGUGUCCAGACGUGCCCAGGUACCGGCGGAUGGCUGGCACUUCCGAACAAAGUGGACCUGAGCGACAUCGCGUGCUACUGGGUCUCCGACUACGCCUCCAGCUGGGACGCAGCCAGUCACGCCUGCAAACAGAUGUCGACCGCAAACCAUCCAGUUGAACUGGCCAGCAUCCACUCGAUGUGGGAGAACGCCUUCGUCUUCGACAACGUCACCAACAAGCACACCGCCUGGCUGGGCCUCAACAAACGGGAACAGGACGACUGGCAUUGGGAGGACAAGACGCGGGAGGACUUCCAGUUCUGGCUGGCCGAGUUCCCCGUCGACAAUGACAUGGAGUGUGCCACGUUCACCGACCAGCUAAACAGCCGCUGCGGGGAGUGGGUCAACGCCGAUUGCGCCACCAACCUGUAUUUUGUCUGCAAAACGCCGGCAGCAGCAUAGGAAGAGAGCCCCACGUCAUCGCGAGCCAGUCGGCAGAGGCUUGGGCCAGGACUUGGCCCGGCUUCGCCUGGAAUCGUCCAACAGCCACGGUGUUCCACACAGCCAGCAAUAUCACGUGUCUGACAGCCGUCCCUUGUAUGGUCUGUCGGGAUGGAAGGCCAUCGCCCCUGCGCGACCAGCCUGACGGUGUGUGUAUCACGUCCACCACACAGCACUCUGGGAAACGUAUCAGGGCUGCUGCGGAUGCCGCACUUCCACUGGCGCGAAUACGUUUACAUCUCAACAAUAAAGUCAACAAAAGGGCUCAA